GUGCAGAGUUUACUGUUGGAAAUGUGCACACUCUGCAGCCGCAUUCAGACCGCUCCAACUGCGCUCCAGUACAAAACCUACACUCCAUCCUCCUCGUUCUUUGAUUUCUGACAAAUGUUCUUCAGUGAUGCGCAUUUUGACUCGAUAGGAGCGGGGUUUUCAACUGUUUUGCGCGUAACAAACCAGGACGUGUAUUCAUUUUGUUUGUUUUUUAUUGACCCGUGCGUAUUUCGAUGCCUGACUUUGCAAAAAUGAGCAAAACCGGGAUGUUGGCCAAAAUCCACACCAGAAUAAGGACAGACCCAUUCACGGCUAACUACGACCUCGUUGGCAAAGAGUUGGGCAGAGGAAAGUUUGCGGUGGUGAAGAAGUGUAUCGAGAAGUCAACAGGAAAGCAGUAUGCUGCCAAGUUUCUGCGACAGAGACGAAAAGGCGAGGACUGCAGAAAAGACAUCCUGAAUGAGAUCGCCGUGCUCGAAUCGGCGAAAUCGAACCCGUACGUCGUGGGUCUACACGAAGUCUACGAGACGAGCCACGAUAUCAUACUAGUGCUGGAGUGUGCUGCUGGUGGUGAAAUCUUUAACCAGUGCGUUGGUGAUAGCGAUGAGGCGUUCACAGAAGAGGACGUGAUCCGGCUCGUAAAGCAGAUCCUGAACGGUGUGGCCUUCCUGCACAGAAACAAUGUUGUGCAUCUAGAUCUAAAACCACAAAACAUCUUAGUGACAAGUGCCAGGCCUUUGGGAGACAUUCGGAUUGUGGAUUUCGGCCUGUCUAGACGCAUGGACAGCAUCACGGAAGUCAGAGAGAUUUUGGGAACGCCAGAGUACGUAGCUCCAGAGAUCCUGAACUAUGAACCCAUCAGCACCGCGACAGACAUGUGGAGUAUUGGGGUUCUUAUCUACAUCAUGUUGACGGGCGAAUCUCCAUUUUUGGGCGACAACAAACAAGAGACGUUCUUGAACAUCUCUCAAAUCAACGUGGAUUAUUCAGAAGAAACCUUUGAAGGCAUCUCACCGCUGGCUGUAGACUUCAUCAAAACAUUACUGGUCAAAAAUCCAAGGGUGCGUGCCACAGCAGAAGAGUGUCUGACCCAUCCCUGGCUCUGCCCCGUCUCCCGCCUGCAUCUUCACUCCACCUCCUCUUCCUCAUCCCUCGGCUCUUCUCUGGACGAACCCGAAACCAGCCAAUCAGAGUCCGAGCCCGAAAGCCUAACCCCCUCCCCCGAAAUCGACGUCAUGGAAACGUUCGCCUUACUGUGCCCGGGCAAAGGCGAGCUCAAAACGGGACGCGGCACUUUCUCCUUCAGCGAAUCCCCAUUUCCAACUCGACCUGAAAUAAAGCAAGAACUCAUCUGCUGAGCUUAAAUCAUUGGGACGAUUAAAUAUUGCAUCAACGUGAUUUUUGAGGACCUUUUUUCAGGCUCAAACUGUGGAUUUCCGUUUAAAAAGACCUCACUUGAACGCACCACAGCCUUACAUAGUGAAGGGCGGUUUGGUUCACUGUACAGGAGCAGUUUAAGUAAUUUGAAUUUUGAAAUCAUUUUUACUUAAAGGGGACUAUGCAACUUUAGGCUACAUGACUUGCUACCAUUAAUUAAAGCCCUUUACAGCGCCCCCUGGUGUAUCUCAGUAAAACCCAUAUGUGUUAUAAUGGGACUCCAUAGACAUCUGGUUACGCAAUGAAGUUGUUAGCUAGCUGGUCAGUAAUUUUGCUUGGACACAAGAAUAAGAAUAUUAAAGGUGCACUAUGUAACUUUUUUGAAAUGGAGGGUUCACAACCUGCUUGUCUCCAUGAAGAUGUCAGUGCUUUGCCUAGAAUUUUCCGCAGUGUGGCAUUAAACUCAUAGAGACAAGCAAGUAGUGCGAUCGGAUCAACUUACAGAUCAGAUCUCAAGGUCCUGUAAAAGUUAAUGGAACAUUUCAGGCAAAGCAUUAACAUCUCCACGGAAACGAUCCAGGUUACAUAGUGUACCUUUGGCUAGAGGUACAAUAAUGCACAAUGUUUAUCUUUGAACUGUAGGGGGCGCUCCGUUAAGAGUUAAAUGUGACAAAGGCAAAGUUCUUCUCCCAUGAUAUCCUGUUAUGAUUGUCGACAAACUGCAAAGUCAAUCCUCCGUAGCAGCAUUUUUAAAGCAAUAACUGUAUUUUUGAAGUAUUCCUGUAUGUGGUAUUUGUAAAAGGUUUAUCGUCAUGGUCCACUGAAACGGCAUGAAUUUGUAUAUUUUAUUUAUUUCUAAUUAAACUUUUGGUUGGACAGUUGGCGCUUGUAUCCUCUAGAGAAGCACGUGUUCAUAUUGCUCAUACAGCUUUGAUUUGGCAGAGAUGUACACUGUUUUGGACCAAUUGGAUUAGACACGAAAUCUGCCAUUUUUUAUUGUAUAAAACCCCGCGGCUUAUGGUCAUGUGCUCAUUGAAAUACUCAUUGUAAUAAAUUCUUCUGACUUUUUCUGACAUUGCAAUUUUCAAAUGAAACCAGAAAUAAAGUUUAUUUAUUGUUAUAUAGUUUGUUUUUCUUUUUACAGUUACCACAUACAACUUCAAUAAUACUUUUUUCCCUUAAAGCUGCUGUACCUGAUUUUUACCAUAUUAAAAACAUGAAAGACAGAAUUAGUUAAUUUUAAACAGUUUGCAAUGGUCCAAAGUUAUUCCUCACUUACCUUAUGCAUUCAGAACAUCCUCAUUAUUCACCACGAUGAGUUUAUAAGCACUUUUCACAACUUUCAAAAGACCAGACAACAAUGAUUAUCGCACAAUAAAACGGCUUAUUUUGACUUCAACAGCUGCUUGUACAAUAUAUCUGUACUGGAACAAGACAAAUUUUGCUCAAAGACGUGGAAAAAAUUGGGUACGGGGCCUUUAAGGAUGUCAUAGCACUUUCCAUGUUAAAGGUGCAGUGUGUAACUUUUCUGGUAGACGCUAGAUAAGUUUAAUAGAAUCUUUACCCCCCAACCCACCCAAAAAGUUACAUAGUAAAUCUUUAGUACAUGAUUAAUCCCAAAUAUUUGCCUAAAAAAAAUGCAAACCCAUUUUCUGUCAUUCAGAUGUCACUCCUUAAAAGUCUCCUAUUUAAAAAACAAACUAUGAUUUCCUCAAACUUCACCUUUGCACGCAUUUUGUUUUGUAUUCUACCUGUAAAUUUCAUAUAUUUUUAGAUGACUAUAACUCUGUAACAUAAAUUAAAUAAAUUAUGUGAGAAAUGAGGACAUGUUUCUGCCCAUGUACUCAAGUGUAUAUAGUUGCCAUAGUGAUAAAGUGUGUUAAUAUUUGAAUACCUUGUGUCCAGUGUCUGUUGAUAUGUUACUGUGUCAUUUUUGUACUUUGUUUUGUACUGAUCAUGAACUUCAGACUGGUUUGCACUUGUGGUCCUUGUGGACGAAAUGGUUGAAAUGAUUCAUUGUAUUUUAUGUAUGACGUGUUUCAAACUUAAAAAUUAAAUGCAUUUUUAGCAC